UGGAGCAUUAAAGCAGACUUCUUGCCCUGCCUUCACUUCCUCAUCUAUAAAAACCAACCAAAACCCAGAGCAGAUAUGCUUCUCAGAGGAUCUCGUGUGUUUAGCUUCAUCAGACCAUUUCACACCACAGUUCCUGCAGACAUGCCCAUCAAGGUUGGAGAUCGUUUGCCUGAUGUGGAGCUCCAGGAAGGAGAUCCAGGCACAAAAAUUUCCAGCGCCCAACUCUUCAAAGGGAAAAAGGGAAUUCUGUUUGCAGUACCAGGGGCCUUUACACCUGGAUGCUCCAAGACACAUCUCCCAGGAUUCAUAGCUGAUGCUGAGAAGCUGAGGAGCAAAGGUGUGCAGGAGCUGGUCUGCGUCUCCGUGAACGACGUGUUCGUCAUGGCUGCAUGGGGAAAGGAACAAGGCGCAGAGGGAAAGGUGCGAAUGCUGGCGGAUCCCACCGGAGCCUUUACUGCGGCGGUUGAUCUCGUUCUGGACAAUGAGGACAUUUUGAAGUUGCUUGGUAACAAGAGAUCCAAGAGAUACGCGAUGGUCGUUGAGGACGGCGUGGUGAAGCAGCUCAACGUGGAGCCUGAUGGUACCGGUCUCACCUGCAGUUUGGCCUCCAACAUCCUCUCUGGUCUGCUCUGAAGCACAAAGUGCACCAGCGUCUACACAUCAUCUAUAUUUUCACCGUGACUGAGUUCUGUUCAGUAUUUUCAGUUUUGGGUCAUUUUAAAAGAAAAAGGGGGUAAAAAUACAGUUUUAACGCCGAUGCAACCAAAGGAACGAGUACAGUAUUGUGAUGGCCGUUUUAUAAUUUAGUGACAAAAACGCACAAUGUGAGCUUUACACGCACAUUAAUCUAAAAUUCUGUACUGCAAAAUACUAUUGCUGUUACUCUGAUACUGUUAUGUUUGUUGUCUGUAUGACAAUAAACCAUACUUUCACA